CCGGGUUGAUUUGUUGUGUUUUUCCUGCAGGAUCAUGGCUGCGGAGGGGGAUUUUCUGGCGAGAUACCGUGCUGUGUCAAAUAAACUGAAAAAGCGCUUUCUACGUAAGCCGAAUGUGGCAGAGGCGAGUGAGCAGUUUGGUCAGUUAGCCAAGGAGCUGAGACAGCAGGACUGCCUUCAGUAUGCUGCCUUCUGUAACCUCGCCAUGGCUCGGUGUGAGCAGACUCUCUUUAAUGCUCCUGGAGAAGCUCUGGCAUUAACAGAUGCUGCCCGCCUCUUCCUCUCAUCUGAGAAGGAGAACAGGGCGCUGCAGGCUCCAGGGUUUGAUGAGAACCUUCAGGCUGCAAUCAACUGCUACAGUUUUGCCAUAAAGGUGUACAUCGAGAUGAACCAGCCUGUGAUGGCAGCCAGCUUAUGUCUAGAGCUUGGCAAUGCACUUAAGGAGAUGAACAGGCCUGGAGAAGCCAUUGUUCAUUACCAAAGGGCUGCAGAAUUACAGACACAGACUCCAAUAGAGGCUCUACUGUCAAUGGGAGAAAUGGCGACGUGUAAAAUUCUCACUCGUGACUAUGAUGGUGCUUUGUCAGUGUUUACAGAGAUGCAGAUGAUGUGUCAGGAGAGGGGACUGCAGCUACCAGGCACCAACACUCCUGUUGGAGCAUUUCUGGACAUUGUGGCAAAAUGUGAGAUCUCCAGAGUACUACUGCUGAUGUUGCUUGAGCCUCCACCUCAGAAGCUGUUACCAGAACAUGCCCAGACCCUGGAGAAGUAUGCAUGGGAGUCUUUUGACCCGCACAGCCAAGCCACCUUCCUGCCAGAGAAUGUUUUCCUUCUCCUGCAGUCAGUCGUGAUGGCGUGUCAGGAGAAAGACACAGAGUCUCUCAAGUCUCUCCAGACUGAGCUAUGGCCUCUUCUGACAGCAGAGCAGAAUCAUCUUCUCCACCUAGUGGUUCAGGAGCGCAUCACACCGUCUGGCCAAGGCAUCUAGUACAGUCCAGUUUUACUCACUUCCUCUGGGAACGAUACUUUAUAUAAUGGAACAUUCCUGUUUCUGACUGGGUCUGUUGUAAGGCCUGAAGAAGUGUUGUUUUCAAAACCUCAGUGUAGUGGCUCGCACUCAGAAACACACACGAAAGACGAGACUUUGCCCUCAUCGAGCAAAGACCUUUAGAAAAUAU